AUGCCAUCGGAUACUGCGUACCAGGUGCGAUCUUCUCCAAACGGGUCAUUGAGCACUUGUGAACCGAUAAACAAUGACGAAGACCUUUCAUUGAGAGAGUACUGCAGCACGCGGAUUACCACACUCAAGCCGCCCAUGAACAACGUCAAUAACCCGUUCGUGGUACUCUCACAGCUCAACCGCAUACAGUGGCUACAAUUCCUGGUGGCUUUCGUUGCUUGGACGUGGGACGCUUUCGAUUUCUUUACCGUUUCCAUGACGGUAUCAGACCUGUCCGAGACCUUUGGGAAGACCAAGACUGACAUCACAUGGGGUAUUACGCUCGUGCUUAUGCUACGUUCCGUGGGCUCCAUUACCUUUGGUAUUGCCUCUGAUCGAUGGGGACGCAAGUGGCCCUUUGUGGUAAACAACGUUUUAUUCAUCGUCCUGGAGUUAGCCACUGGUUUCUGUCAGACCUACACACAGUUCCUAUGGAUCCGUGCGCUCUUUGGUAUUGCUAUGGGUGGCCUGUACGGCAACGUUGCUGCGACAGCCCUUGAAGACUGCCCUCUAGCUGCUCGUGGUAUUGUAUCGGGUAUGAUGCAACAAGGAUACGCUUUCGGCUACCUCUUAGCUGUUGUAUUUGCUCGCGCUCUCGUCAAUACCACGAGCCAUGGCUGGCGUCCACUCUUCUGGUUUGGAGCUUGUCCACCAAUUCUCAUCAUCAUUUUCCGCUUGUGCUUACCGGAGACAAAGGUGUUCCAGGAACGUCAGCGUGUGCGUGAGGCGAGUCAGAACAUGACCCGGACUUUCAUAGCUGAAGGCAAGAUUGCAUUGAAGCGCCACUGGCUGCUACUCUGCUACAUGGUUCUUCUCAUGGCAGGAUUCAACUUCAUGUCUCACGGUUCGCAGGACCUGUAUCCGACUAUGCUGAAAAACCAGUUCGAGUUCAGCCCCAACCAGGUCACUGUGAUUCAGGUCGUGGCCAACCUGGGCGCUAUUUGCGGUGGUACUACGGUGGGCUACUACUCGCAGGUCUUUGGCCGUCGCUUGUCAAUUCUCGUCGUGACAGUCAUCGGUGCUGCGCUCUUGUAUCCGUACUGUUACCUCAGCAAUGAGACCAUUAUGAUCGCUGCAUUUUUUGAGCAGUUCUGCGUUCAGGGCGCUUGGGGUGUCAUCCCCAUCCAUCUCAUGGAGCUGUCACCUCCAUCCUACAGUGCCUUUGUCGUUGGGACGGCCUAUCAACUCGGUAAUCUGGUUUCGUCGGCCUCGUCAACCAUUGAAGCUUCACUUGGAGAGCACUUCCCGCUGCCGGACGGCGAGAACAGUGUGAGCCGAUACGAGUACGGCAAAGUCAUCUGCGUCUUCUUGGGUAUUGUGUAUGUCUAUGUAUUCUUGCUCACGCUUAUUGGGCCUGAGGCUCGUGGCAAGGAAUUCGAUGCGAAACACGAUCACGAUCUUGAAGAGGCUGCUCACAUCAACUCUGAGGAUCUGGACAAGAUUUUGUACGCCAAUGAAGAGACCUCUACCGGAGCAAAGUCCAUGAACGGAUGA